AUGACGUCGGUCAAAGUGGCCGUUCGUGUUCGACCAUUUAAUGCACGUGAACGAACACGUCAAGCCAAAUGUAUUAUACGAAUGGAUCAACACGAACAAACAACAUUUAUACGUAAUCCAAUUGAUGAUUCAGUUAAACAUUAUAAAUAUGAUUAUUCAUAUUGGUCAUGCGAUGAAAAUGUUAAUAAUCAAAAAUUUGAUACACAAAAACAAGUUUAUGAAGAUUUAGGAAUUGAAAUGUUAGAACAUGCUUUUGAAGGAUAUAAUGUUUGUAUAUUUGCUUAUGGACAAACAGGUGCUGGAAAAUCAUUUACAAUGAUGGGAAAAAAUGAAUCCGAUCAACAAGGUAUUAUUCCACGUUUAUGUGGAGAAUUAUUUCAACGUAUAACAUCAUCAACAUCACCAACAGCAUUAUCUCGUAUAAAACCACGUUAUACAGUUGAAGUAUCAUAUAUGGAAAUUUAUUGUGAACGUGUACGAGAUUUACUUUCGCCAAAAAAAAGUCAAUCGACUAAUGUUGGAAGUUCACAUAAUUUACGUGUUCGUGAACAUCCUAUUAUGGGUCCAUAUGUUGAAGAUUUAUCUCGUUUACUUGUAACAUCUUAUGAUGAUAUAUCAAGAUUAAUUGAUGAAGGUAAUAAAGCACGAACAGUAGCAGCAACAAAUAUGAAUGAAACAUCAAGUCGAUCACAUGCAGUAUUUACAAUAUUAUUUUCUCAAUCAACACAUGAUGAAAUGACAGAUUUAACAGCAGAAAAACAAUCAAAAAUUUCCUUAGUUGAUUUAGCUGGAAGCGAACGUGCUGAUGCAACCGGUGCAACAGGUGAUCGAUUAAAAGAAGGAGCAAAUAUCAAUAAAUCAUUAACGACACUCGGAAAAGUUAUUGCAGCACUUGCAGAAAUGAGUUUAAAGAAUCGUAAAACAACACGUUCAGAAAAGAAAGCUGAUUUUAUACCAUAUCGAGAUUCAGUACUAACUUGGUUAUUAAAAGAAAAUCUUGGUGGUAAUUCAAAAACAGCUAUGAUAGCUGCUAUAUCACCAGCUGAUAUAAAUUAUGAAGAAACUUUAUCAACACUUCGAUAUGCUGAUCGUGCGAAAGCAAUUGUUUGUAAAGCUGUUAUUAAUGAAGAUGCUAAUGCAAAACUUAUACGUGAUUUAAAAGAAGAAAUCGUUAAAUUACGAGAAUUAUUAAAAAAUGAAGCUGGAAUUGAUAUAUCACCUGAUGGUACAAGUACGUCUGUAUUACCUGCACCAACAACAAAUAAUAAACAUCAACGAUUAAAAUCUUCAUCAUCACAAAGUAGUGAAGAUGCUUUAGAACGUUUAAAAGAAAAUCAAAAACUAAUGGAUUCAUUAUGUAUGUCAUAUGAAGAAAAACUUCAAAAAACAGAAAAAAUUAUGGCAGAACGAGAAGCUGCUUUUCAUGAACUUGGUGUUUAUUCAAAAAAUGAUGGAAAUGCUGUUGGAAUAUUUUCACCAAAAAAUUCACCUCAUCUUGUUAAUCUUAAUGAAGAUCCAUUGAUGUCCGAAUGUUUGAUGUAUUUUAUCAAAGAUGGUACAACUCGUGUUGGUCGUCCUGAUGCACCAGUACAUCAAGAUAUUUGUUUAUCAGGUUCACAUAUUGAACCUGAACAUUGCAUAUUAACCAAUUCACAAAAUAUUGUUCAUUUAAAACCAUGUAGUCAAACAGCUAUGUGUUAUGUUAAUGGAAAAAAAGUUGAUGUUGAUACAACAGUUGAAUUAACGUCUGGAGCUCGUGUUAUCUUUGGUAAAUCACAUGUUUUUCGUUUUCGUAAUCCUGAACAAGCACGAAGAAAGAAUACAAAAACAGAACCAACUGGUGAACCAACUGAUUGGAAUAGUGCUAUACAAGAAUUAUUAGAAAAACAAGGUGUUGAUAUAAAACAUGAAAUGGAAAGAAAACUUGUAACAAUGGAAGAACUAUUUAAACGAGAAAAAGAAGAAGCUGAUCGUCUUUUACGUGAACAAAAACUUGAAUAUGAAACAAAAAUAGUUGAAUUACAAAAACAAGUUAUGGAAACAUCUAUGAGUCAAUCAAUGUUAUCUUCUAUAUUAUCAUCAUCAGGUUUUGUUGAUACAUCAACAUUUAUUUCACAUCCAUUACAACAAGAUAUUAAUGAAGAUGAACAUGAUACACUUAGUUAUUGUUCUUGGUCAGAACAAGAUUAUCAAUUAGCUUCAUGGGCAUGGAAAAAAUGGCGUUAUCACCAAAUGACAUCAUUAAGAGAUUAUUCAAAUCGUAUUCAACCUAUUUGGUUGAUUAAGGAUCUUUUAUGGGGUAAUAGUGUUUAUUUAAAAGAAGCAAAUGCAAUAAGUGUUGAAUUACAUAAACGUGUUCAAUUUCAAUUUGUUCUUUUAACUGAUACACUUUAUUCUCCAUUACCUGCUGAUUUAUGUUCAUCACCAACAUCAUCACAACGUACAAUAGUUGCUGUUGAAGUACAAGAUUUAAAAAAUGGCGCUGUACAUUAUUGGACAUUAGAAAAAUUUCGAUCACGUUUGGAAAUCAUGCGUCAUAUAUAUAAUUGUGAACAAAUAUCAAUUCCACGUGCAAUAAGUUGUAAUGAUAUGAGUGAUUCACAAUCGCAACAUAUUGUUAUGACAUCUGAUACUCGAAAUUCAAGUUUUGAUGAUUCAAUUCCAACUCCAACUGUUAAAGGACAAUUUGAUUUUUCAUCUAAAUCGAGACAACGAUUGGAAUUAAUGCGUGAAAUGUAUACAAAUGAAGCUGAUGUUUCACCAACAUCACCUGAUCGAAAUCAAGAAUCAAUAACAAGUGGUGAUUCAUCAACAACUCAUAUGCAAGCUGACCCAUUUUAUGAUCGUUUUCCAUGGUUUCGACCUAUUGGAAGAGCAUUUGUUUAUCUAACAAAUCUCUUACAUGGAAUACCAUUAGUACAAAAUGUUGCAAUUGUAUCUGAACAUGGUGAAGUCAAAGGUUAUUUAAAAAUAGCUAUACAACAAUUACAAGCAUCAGAUACAACAAAUGAUCAAAUAAAAUUAAUGCGAACAUAUAGAAAUGCGAAUGGAAUGACAAAGAUUGUUUUUGAUGAUGAAACAUAUUUUCAAGCUAUAACAAGUCCAUCUUCAAUUGAUUUAAUAAAAUCAUACGAUUCUCUCGAUCCAAAUCUUCGUUAUGUUGAAGGACAAUCACAAUUUAAUCUUAAUGAUGUUUUACAACAAAAAACUACUUUAGAUACGCAAUCACCAUCGAUUCUUCCAAAAACUCAAAUAAUGACUACAAGUGACAUUCCAUCGAAUGAAUUAUUACAAAAACUUGGUGUUGAAUAUCAAUUUCGUGUAACAGUUUUAGAGGCAUCACAAAUAUCAUCGGAUUAUGCUGAUAUUUUUUGUCAAUUUAAUUUUUUACAUCAACAUCAAGAAGCAUAUUCAACAGAACCACUUAAAAAUCAAGGCAAACCUGGACCACCUCUAGGUUUCUUUCAUGUACAAAAUUUCAGUGUUAUUGUUACACAUUCAUUUAUUGAUUAUCUUCGAACAAAACCAGUUAUAUUCGAAGUCAUGGGUCAUUUUCAAGAACAUUUAAAUCCAGCGCAAAAUAAUUCAACAAAAACAAAUGCAUUAACAGCAUCUGCACCAUCAAUGGCUUUUUCCAAACCAGUUCCUGCUCAAACAUUAAACCCAGUGACACCUGUUAAUACAACAAAUCAAGUUCAUGCAACUCAUGAUCUUCUUGUUUGGUAUGAAAUCUUUGAAUUAUCACCAACUGGAGAAUAUGCUGCUGCAACUGUUGAUCAUUCCGAUGAUGUACCAUGUUCUGGUCGAUUUAUUCUUCAUCAAGGUAUACAACGUCGUAUUGGAAUUACACUUUGUCAUGAAUCUGGUUCUGAACUUAUUUGGAAAGAUGUUCAAGAAGUUGUUGUUGGUCGUAUUCGCGGUCAACGUGAUUCAGUUUUUGAUGAAUCUGAUGGUCAAGUUUUAUCAUUAAAUAUAAUAUCAGCUCAUUACAUACAAAAACAACAUGAUGAACGAACAUUUUAUCAUUUUGAAGUUGCAUGGGAUUCAUCAUUACAUAAUUCUUUAUUACUUAAUCGUUGUACAUCAAGUGGAAAUUCAGUUUAUUUAACAAUAUCAUCUUAUCUUGAAAUAGAAAAUUCGUUUCAAUCAGCAAUAAUAACGAAAGAUCUUUGUCUUGUUUUAUAUCCGCGUGGUGGUGAUUCAACAUCACGUAUACGUUCAUCAUUAAAAAAUUUCUUCUUAUCAACUAAUUCAACAAUAUUAUCAAUGAAUGAUUCGAUAAAUGAACAUGCAAAUCGUGUGUCAGCUGUUUAUGAAUUAAAAUUACGUCGUGCCACACCUAUGAAUAAUUUAAUAUCCGAUUCAUCAUCGAUGAGUCCAAGUACACAACGACGACAACGAAAAAUAGUUGAUACAUCAAAAAUUUAUGUUCGUGGUGAAGAAAUGUUAGAAGGUUGGAGACCAAGAAGUGAUUCAUUAAUUGUUGAACAUCAACAUGAUUUAGAAAAAUUAUAUAAAAUUGAACGUGUUGAAUAUACAAAACACUUUUUAUUGGUUAAAAAUCGUCUAGACAAUCCUUUAUCAUCACCAAGUGAUAAUUCACCAGAUAAACUUAAAUAUUCAUUAGCAUUUAUUGAUCCAUCAAAAGCAAUUGAUGAUCGUCAACAAAAUUUACUUCGUCGAUGUGUAUCAAUGAUGAUUCCACCGCCACCAAUCUUAUCAAAAUUAACUGUACCUGAAAUAGAAGUAACAACUGAUCGUUUAUCAUCGGAAGAUUUUGGAACAGUUCAUUCAUUACUUAAAUCAACAUCAACUUAUUCAUUUGGUACACAACCAUUAAUGAAUACAGCACAUAUGAUUAAUUCAUUUAUUAAAGCAUCAUCAAGUAGUUCAGACCUUUCAAGAUUUACACAUCUUGAUCCAUCGUAUUCAAUAUCUUCAUUGAAUCAAUUUGGUAAUAUGGGUGGUUCAAUAUCACCUAGUAUGACAAAAUCUCGUUCUAUGGAGAGUCUAAUGAAUACAUCCGGUAUUGCUUUAAAAUAUAUAACAUCAAUUGAAGAAGUUCGUAUAUCACCUGUUGUGUCUCGUCGUGGUUAUUUAAAUUUCUUAGAAGAAAAAGGCACUGGUUGGGUUAAAAAAUUUGUUGUCGUUCGACGUCCAUUUGCAUUUAUAUAUAAUCAUGAAAAAGAUCCUGUUGAACGUGCAUUAAUUAAUUUAGCUAUAGCUCGUAUUGAAUUUAAUGAUGAAGAUAUAACAAAUGGAACAAGAAGUGCUCGUAAUACAUUUUCUGUUGUUUCAAAAUAUCGUGGUUUUCUUAUACAGCCAUUAGCUGAAAAAGAUGUUCAUGAUUGGCUUUAUGCAUUUAAUCCUUUACUAGCUGGACAAAUAAAAUCUCGUUUAUCAGGUCGAUCAAAACCUAUCGAACAAUAA